GCAGUGCUUUCGAUUUCAAAAAUUUCAAUUUAUUCCAAGCUAAAAAAACCUUUUUUUUUGUAUUGGAACAUAAAUUAACCCGGCAACGAUGUCUUUUAACAGUGAUUUUCGACAACUAUUAAAACCAUACUAUUGGGUUAACAUAUUGCUAAGUUUAUCGUACGUUCUCUGCAAGCGUACAUCCAUUAUUUGUAAUUAUAUAUUUCCGGAGAGUGACUGCGAAUUGGACAGCCGUGAAACGGAAAUAUUAUUUUUCCUAAUUAUAGUGAUAAUGUUGAGGACGAGAAAAGCGGGAAGCGUCACGAUGGUGAACUAUCUGUCGUCUUCGUUCGUUUAUACCAAGAUUGCGAACUUAAUUCUGUGGUUCUACGCCGACAUUAGGUACGGCCUUCCCUAUGCAGCCGCGAUCAUACUCCUGGCUCUGCUCCUCCCGGAGCCAACGUACACAGGACCGGAACACGUCACCUACUUCCGAGGACCCGAGUCCUUGGAGGACGAGUUGAAACGCAACAAGCACGCCACCUGGGUCGUGUGUCUGUACGCAGCAUGGCACCCGGCCUGCGUGAAUUUCGCACCGGUCUUUGCUGAGCUAUCUUCAAGCUAUAGUCUGGAUAAUUUGAGGUUCGGCAAGCUGGAUGUUGGGAGGUACCCUGGUUCCGGUCUUCAAUAUAAAGUGCAGGACGGGCCGACGAGUCGGCAGCUGCCCACGGUGAUGGUCAUGAGCGAGGGCCGGGAGAAGAUGAGGAGACCGCAGCCCGACAGCACCGGGAAACUUCAGAAGUUUCUUUUCUCGAUGGACAAUAUGAAAGCGGCGUUUGAUCUCGACGGUCUGUACGCGGAGUGCAAAGAGAAACUGGCUUCCUUCAGACAGAAUAAGAAGGAUGAGUAGACCACCAUCGCGCAGGUCUUAUUACUGCCCAAUUGCAACCCGUAGGAACCACACCCGCAGACGCCUGAAGAUAUGUGGUUUCUUCUUCUGUAGUUUUUGGCUCCGGUACGGUUUGUGCAUUAGCCAGUGUCAAAUAAUAAGAUUUUUAUAAUUCGUCGUUUUAAUUAUUGACAGUUUAUGAAUACUAGAUGAUGACCGAUUUUUUGAUAACGCCAUCUUGUUGUGUCUUUAAAGCGGUUAGUUGCCCUCAAUUAAGAAAAAUAGUAUUAUUA